CUCCCCUCUCCCCUCAGUCUCAUGGUUGGCGCGGCUGUUGUCAUCUCGGGCCCCUGCAUGCUGCCCUCCCGGGGCCCCCGCACGGAUGUGAGCGCCGCCCCGCACCCAGCUCGGCAUGGAUCUCUGCGGGAUCAUCGUGUGCCUGAUGCUGCCCCUGGCCCGGGCUGUGGAAGAAACCUUAAUGGAUUCCACGACUGCAACGGCUGAGCUGGGGUGGACUGUGCCGCCAUCAUCCGGGUGGGAAGAGGUAAGUGGCUACGAUGAGAACAUGAACACCAUCCGGACCUACCAGGUGUGCAACGUCUUCGAGUCCAAUCAGAACAACUGGCUGAGGACCAAGUACAUCCGGCGGCGGGGCGCGCACAGGAUCCACGUGGAGAUGAAGUUCUCCGUCCGGGACUGUAGCAGCAUUCCCAAUGUCACCGGGUCCUGUAAAGAGACCUUUAACCUUUAUUAUUACGAAUCGGAAAGUGACUCUGCCACCAAAACCUUCCCCCCCUGGAUGGAGACGCCUUGGGCCAAGGUGGACACCAUAGCGGCUGAUGAGAGCUUCUCCCAGGUGGAUCUGGGGGGCCGUGUCAUGAAGAUUAACACCGAGGUGCGAAGUUUUGGCCCCGUUUCAAAGAAUGGUUUUUACCUGGCCUUCCAGGAUUAUGGCGGUUGUAUGUCUCUUAUUGCCGUGCGGGUUUAUUACCGGAAGUGUCCGCGGAUUAUUCAGAAUGGCGCAGUGUUUCAGGAAACCUUGUCUGGGGCGGAGAGCACGUCUUUGGUGGCAGCUCGAGGGAGUUGUAUACCCAACGCGGAGGAGGUAGAUGUCCCCAUCAAACUGUACUGUAAUGGAGAUGGAGAGUGGCUGGUGCCCAUUGGCCGCUGUAUGUGUAAAGCUGGGUACGAGUCUGCGGAGAACGGCACCGUGUGCAGAGGAUGUUCUACGGGUAUGUUUAAACCCAACCAAGGAGAUGAGAGCUGCCUGCACUGCCCCUUCAACAGCCGGACCACCUCCGAGGGGGCCACCAACUGUGUGUGCCGUACGGGCUACUACCGGGCAGACUCGGACCCUCUGCAGAUGCCGUGCACUACGACACCGUCUUCCCCCCAGAAUGUGAUCUCCAGGGUCAACGAGACGUCCCUGGUGUUGGAGUGGUCAUCGCCCCGAGAUUCGGGAGGCCGUGAGGACCUUGUUUAUAACAUUAUCUGUAAGAGCUGCGGCUCGGGCCGAGGAGCUUGUACGCGCUGCGGAGAUAACGUCCAGUUUGCACCCAGACAGCUGGGCCUGACCGAACCGCGAGUUUACAUCAGCGACCUCCUGGCGCACACGCAGUACACGUUCGAGAUCCAGGCUGUGAACGGAGUCACCGACCAAAGCCCGUACUCACCACAGUUCGCAUCUGUCAAUAUCACCACUAACCAGGCAGCUCCGUCCAGCGUCUCCAUCAUGCACCAAGUGAGCCGCGCCGUGGACAGCAUCACACUCUCGUGGUCACAGCCUGACCAGCCCAACGGGGUCAUCCUGGACUACGAGCUUCUGUACUACGAGAAGGACCUGACUGAACACAACUCAUCGGUGGUGAAGAGUCCGACCAACACUGUAGUCGUGUCUGGCCUAAAGGCGGGCACCAUAUACGUCUUUCAGGUGAGAGCCCGGACUGUGGCUGGAUACGGCAGAUACAGCGGCAAAAUGUAUUUCCAGACCAUGACGGAAGCUGAAUAUCAGAGCAGCUUCCAGGAAAAGCUCCCGCUGAUAAUCGGUUCCUCGGCUGCCGGUCUGGUCUUCCUCAUCGCCCUGGUCGUCAUCAUCAUCGUCUGCAAUAGAAGACGAGGAUUUGAAAGAGCAGAUUCUGAAUACACAGACAAACUGCAGCAUUAUACCAGUGGCCACAGUACGUACCGUCUGCCUUCACCAGUGCUAGGGGCUCGUUCUCUCGUUGUGACACCUGGAAUGAAAAUUUACAUAGAUCCUUUUACCUAUGAGGAUCCCAAUGAGGCAGUUCGUGAAUUUGCCAAAGAAAUUGACAUUUCAUGUGUGAAAAUCGAGCAGGUGAUAGGAGCAGGGGAGUUUGGUGAAGUUUGCAGUGGACACCUGAAGCUUCCGGGAAAGAGAGAAAUCUUUGUGGCUAUCAAGACUUUGAAGUCGGGGUACACGGAAAAGCAGAGGCGAGACUUCCUCAGUGAGGCUAGCAUCAUGGGGCAGUUUGAUCACCCAAAUGUCAUCCAUCUGGAGGGAGUGGUCACCAAGAGCUCCCCAGUCAUGAUCAUCACCGAGUUCAUGGAGAAUGGAUCACUGGACUCCUUCCUCCGGCAAAACGACGGGCAGUUCACUGUCAUCCAGCUGGUGGGCAUGCUGAGGGGCAUUGCUGCGGGCAUGAAGUACUUGGCUGAUAUGAACUAUGUCCAUCGGGACUUGGCUGCCCGUAAUAUCCUGGUGAACAGUAACCUGGUGUGUAAAGUCUCUGACUUCGGUUUGUCUCGCUUUCUGGAAGAUGACACCUCCGACCCAACGUACACCAGCGCCCUAGGAGGGAAGAUUCCCAUCCGGUGGACGGCUCCAGAAGCCAUUCAGUAUAGAAAGUUUACAUCCGCCAGCGAUGUCUGGAGCUACGGCAUCGUCAUGUGGGAAGUGAUGUCUUAUGGGGAGAGACCCUACUGGGACAUGACAAACCAAGACGUAAUAAACGCCAUUGAACAGGAUUACCGGCUGCCACCCCCCAUGGAUUGCCCUAACGCCCUCCAUCAACUCAUGCUGGACUGUUGGCAGAAGGAUAGAAACCACCGGCCCAAAUUUGGUCAAAUAGUCAACACCUUGGACAAGAUGAUCCGAAAUCCCAACAGCCUUAAGGCCAUGGCCCCUCUGUCGUCUGGAGUGACUCUCCCGCUCCUGGAUCGCACCGUCCCUGACUACACCAGCUUCAACACAGUGGACGAGUGGCUGGACGCCAUCAAAAUGGGUCAAUACAAGGAGAGUUUUGCCAAUGCUGGAUUCACGUCCUUCGAUGUGGUUUCACAAAUGAUCAUGGAAGACAUCCUACGGGUUGGGGUAACUUUAGCCGGUCACCAGAAGAAAAUCCUCAACAGCAUUCAGGUGAUGCGAGCACAGAUGAACCAGAUCCAGUCGGUUGAAGUCUGAUCAGGACGACAAGUGCUUCCUCAUCCUCACACUUCCUAAUGUACGUGGGUUCCGAGCCUUUCCCUCUCUCCCAACCCCUCUUGGUACAAUGAAGUUUCUCUAACUUGCACCUGGUACGGACUGGACCACUUGUCGUCCCCAUGAUGGUUCCACCCUGACAGCAGAGCUUCCCUGGGAAGGGUUCGGGAUCAGGCUUUGGGGUGAUCGGAAGAAUAUUUUUUUGGGAAUAUCAAGACCUGAAUUUGUACAAAUAAUAAUAAUAAUUGACAAUAAGACAUGAAAAGGGCUUGAAGAAUUCAGCUCAAUUUUGUUAAUCAGCGGACGGGAUGAGGACGCAGGGCAACGGUGCUGAUCAAGAGGUGCGGCCCAUGGACAACCUCAAGCCACUCGUCCGGGGAAGCACCUGAGAGACAUGAAGAAUUUAUUUCCAUUAAAUGGACCUGCUCCAUCUACACAUAUAAAACUCUUCAUCUUGAAGAUGUUACAAGAAUUACCUAAAAAAAAAAAAAAAACGGCUUUUUCCGUGGAAAGAAAGAUGCCGCUGAGACUUGUAGUGUUUGUAAUAAAGGGCGACUCCUUUCUGCCGAUCCUGAUACAGUUUUGUGAGUUCUACAUUUUUUGCAAUUCCCCCCCCACAUCCCGAGCGCACCUCGAGUGACAAUUGAUCCAUAUCAUGUGCACAAACCUCAGUGAUGACGUCAUCACUAUACGCCAACCCCACUCCUCUUUCUCAGAAGAUUUUUCCCUUUAUUAGACUUAAGGACAAAACUUUGAAGUGUAUAAAAAAAAAAAAAAUGAAGAAAAAAAAAAAAACACGCUUUGUCGUCAAUGUUGUCGUCGUUCGGAAAUCUGUUUCUUUGUUUACAAAAAUUUGACUUUUUUUUACAUUGUUUUUUUUUUUUGGAUAUCGGUACUCAGAAAGAUAACAAUUGCUUAAAAAAGAACUUGAAAAAAAAAACACAAAAAAAAAAAACUUGGACAAUGACCCUGUGCACAUCAAUCGUCUCACUUGUGAUUGCCUGAUGGACUGAAUAUGGCCGCCCUCACGGAGCGCUUCAUUACCUGCAUUGUUCACCUCGCGUGUGGCUUAUUAUAUAAGCUUGUCAGAUGUGCAGUGGCCGGUGAGGAACUGUAGACUAAAUCAACCCCAUGGGUACGAGUGUAGCACAGCCAAUGCCUUCAGCUUAGUCUAGGGUUGGUUCUUUGGUGUCCUCUGAUCUCAGGUCACCUUCCUCUGCAGGACGUUCCUCACCACAGUCUAGAACCUUUCUAUGUUAACUGGUUGCGUUUAUGUCAGUCUGUGCAGAGGGUCGUGGCGGGGCAUGCAGCAAGUAUUCAAUGCUUCCCUACUACUAGGGUGAGGGUCCCACUCAUCUGCAGAGACGGGAGGGCUGAACCAUGAGACCGAGCGCCACCAUUCUUAGCCCCAUUGCACCGGUUACUACGGCAGCAUUACUCCAGACCAUCCUUCAUUACUAUAGAACUACCCGUAGCUGGUGACAAUCACGUUCUCCCUCUGUAGACGCCUAGAAUAGAUGGGCUCUGGUGUUUGUGUCAUAUGUGUGUUGUCCUUGAGUAGGACGCAUGAUCUUCCUUUCAGUCAGACGCGUGUGUCCUGCAGGGGCCAGAUGAGUUCCAUGUUUCCACAUCCUUGCACCUCAUCCAUUACAGGGCACCAGUCAGAAGGUGAGCACGGUCCCCCAUACGGUUCUAGAGCAAAGCAAUGGGUGCAGCACUUUGUAUUCAUCUUUCCCUCCCCACAUGGACAGCUAUAGGGCCUACACCAACCAGUGUCCUCCAGGGAGUCGUGGUUAUGAUAAUGCAGACGACUCUGUCCCAAUCUUUUGAUACCUAGCGCUGACCACCGUAUGGACCGUGUCUGGAGUAGGGGCUUCCAUAGUUGUAGGCUAUCUUGAGUUUCUUAUUUCGGUGACAGGGAUAUUGGCAGUGGUUCUUUGUUUGGGGGGUGCAGACUGGUAUGACUCCGCCAUCACCGCCUGCCUAUGGUAAAACAUGUCCAAACAAAUGUCAUUCAUUAUGACGUGUUUGAGGCCGAUGUAAUGCUUCACAUCUGUUCCUGAAUCUCCUCCAGGGAUGAGGUGGGGGGCUGGGCUGUGUGCUGCGUUCCAUGAGCUUCCAUUGUGUGAUAUAUUCUGUAGCCAGGAUGAAGCAGAGCAGGGAGGAAUGGCGCACGUGUUUCUGCCUAUUUAUCUUGUGUGCUGUGCAGGAGAACGCGCGUGUCAGGGAAUAAACCGUCAGCUCACCGGGCCUGGUCCGUAGCCGGGCUGCCGCCUGUAGUGCCAUGAUUUCUUCCAGUCGGAGCUCAGUGUUUGUAGUGACUGUUUACAGAGACUCGUGUGAGCGGCCGGAGUCAUCCAUGUCUGGUCUGAGACCUGGGGGGGGGGGGGGGG